CUCCUUCCUCCCUCCCUCUCUCCCAAAAACCCUGCGACCCUCCCCAAAACCCCUCUUCUCAAACCCCAUUCCUGCUCCCUUGCAGGGAUCUUUCCCAAAGCUCGAGUCUCUCAACAUGAACGGCGCUCGUGACUAUCGCUCGCCUCAGUCUGCCUCGCCCCUGGAUGCCCAAGCCAUCAUUCCACCCCCGCGAGGCACUAGCAGCUUCCUGCCUCGCCACUCCUCCGUGCCCUCGCCGUAUCCUCAAGAUGGCCAGCAUUCGCCGCAGCUGACGCAGUCGCCCGAAGCCCUCCGGGUGCCCUCAGGCUCGUCCAUUCCACUCGCCGAUCGCCAGACCUCCAUCUACACCAACAACCACCACAUAGAACGCAUGGCCCAGCUCAUCCGUGAGAGUAAGGAAGUCGAGAUGCUGCGUGGCUCGCUUCAGAUCCCCAGCCGCUCCUCCUCCUACGUCAGCCAGCGUGAGAUCGACCUGCUACGAAACCUGGCCCUGGCCAACAUGGUCAGCCCCAACCUCAACAGUCUGCCGACCACCGCGGCUGGCGCGGACGACCUGCCUCCUCGCACCAGCAGCAACCAGAAACCUGAGCUCCCGCCUAGAGGCACCAGCUCGAGCUACGCCAUCUCCGGUGGUCUGGCGACCGAGGCCCGGUCCACCAGCCUGCUGGUCCCCCUGCCGCCGGCCCCCAUCAUGAUCCACAGCCCGUCUUCGGGCUCGUCGCCCUCCUUGCGGUCCCUCACCGAGAGUGAAAAGGACACCAACUACACCGAGAUGGAUCCGAUCACUGUCGGCAAGUUGCUCUUCCAUGAGACCCUGCCCGGCGUCUCACACAAGGAGAUCUCUGGCAUCAUUGGCAAAAGCGACGAAUUCCACUCCAGCAUCCUUGUGGCGUACAUGAACUCCUUUGACUUUUAUGGCACUCCUCUGGAUGAGGCCUUUAGACGUUUCUGCUCCCACCACUUCCUCACGGGCGAGACUCAGCUCGUUGAUCGUAUUCUCUAUCAGUUCUCCAGACGAUACUGGGACUGCAACCCCGACAAGCAGCCUCUGUUCAGGAAAAUCGAUACCAUCUAUGGCAUAAUCUUCUCGCUGGUGCUGCUCAACACCGACUUGCACAUUGCCAACGUUGGCCAGUACAGCAACCGCAAGAUGAAGAGGGACGACUACCGCAAGACAACCAUGGCCCUUGUGGAGCGCAUGGUCCUUGACAACGAUGGCCACGAACCUGUCGUCGACACCGCCAGUGAGAGCUACCGUCACUGGAAGCAGAACAUGGAUAGCCUGCUCAAGGAUCUCUACACGUCCGUGCACCGCAAGCGUAUCAUUCAGCGCUACGACAAUGAUCGUCCAAGCCUGGAGAGCCCGCGGCCCCGGAACCUUGAGACCUCGGCGGGCUCACCCGUCAUGGACCAGCGCCCACCUAUCGAGCCACUGAUCCCGCCAUCUCUUGGCGCCUCGACGGGUGGAAGUGUCUUUGGUGGCAAGGGUCUGAGCUUUUUCCGCAAGAAGAACAACAACAGCGGCAAUGACGCCAUCGAGUCCCCGUGGUUCGGCGCCGCGUCUGGAAGCAACAGCCAGAGCAAUCCCAACGAGGUCCUCGUAUAUCAAGGUCUGCUGAUCCGCAAGCAGGUUCGCAGCAACAGCGAGGUCUCCAGCAAGCUCAAGUACCGCAAGUGGGGCAAGGUCUGGGCAGUCUUGACGUUUGAUGACGAGAAGGGCAUGACCCUCGGCAUGUUCCGGGUGGAGAACAUCCUCAAGGACGACGUGUUUGAGCAGCGCGAGCUGCAAGACUUUGGAAACAACGCCGAGCUGCAGAAAAGGUCGCUCAAGCUCACCACCAACUUUGAAGAGCUGAACAUGCUCCGAUCGCUGUCGUCCGUGAUCUCUGUGCCCAACAUCCAUGGCGCGCGGCAUGGCGAUAUCUUCAUGCUGACCCUUGCCGACUAUUCGGAGUGGGUCUUCCAGUGCCCCUCUGCGGAGCAAAAGCAGCGCUGGGUCGGCCACAUCAACACCUGGGCCGCGCGCAAGUCCAAGGAGCCGUUGUUGGGAGGCGUCGGCAGUAUGGAUUUUGGCUGGUCUGCAAUCCAGAACGAGCAGCGCCGACUCAACUCGCAUAGCGCGCCGUAUCAGUCCAACCCGAAGCAGCUCCAAGCGAUUGUCGAGGGCCUCGUGGCCGAGGAUGCCGCGCGCAGAAUCCGGGUGACCGAAUGGACCGUGCCGAGUGCCCUUGGUCUGAUGUCCAGCUCUCUGUCCGAGGAGCGGCAACUCGAAGCCAUGCGCAAGCAUGCCGAGAGCCUCAGCCGCGAGCUCGGAGAACACAUGCAAUACCGCGAUGCCAUCUCUGUACUGUUCUCUAAUUUCCAGAUGCAGCGCCAAAAGGCCAUCGCCAAUUGGGAACGCAAGGCUGCCUAUCUGCAGAACGAGUACACCAAGUUCUCGCGAUACGCCAGUAUCCUCGAAGAGUUCCUGACGCAGUCCUCGGCCGACGCCGGAGCGUCCAGUCUUAUCGACAACUCCAGCGCCAUCGAGCCUGUCACUCAUGCCAGCAUCGAUACCCGGCCCAGCGUCGACAGCAACGAUAGUGCCUUCGAGGGAACCCAGUCCAGCAACGAGGGAGGCAGCAAGUCCAAGUCCUCCACCGAACAAUCCAGACACGAUGACCCGACCGAUGGCGACGAAAGCGAUGACCGCAGCCAGAGGGGCAUUAUGUCCCGCAACGCCAUGCGCUACGCCCGGCUGUCGCUGAUUGUCGAGCAUGGGCUGAUCCUUACCCCUGAAGGCCGCACGCUUAUGUACCAUAACGAUGAAGCUGUUACACCCGUCGAGGGCGAGCCCAAGGCCCUUCCGGCACAGACCCCGACCUCCUCGGGCGUCGCCUACUGGGAAGAGGAUGUCGAUGUGCAGUCCAGCACCGGCUACGAACGCGAAGUCGAAGGCGAGGUUGUGGUCGACUAGACAGCCUCUGCGUGGUCCGGACAAUGCGCUGCACCGCAUCGACAGACCAGGUGGUGCGCAUCCUCAUGCUCUCUGCCGCCUCAAGCUACGUUAGGUUUCUGCUGCCCCCCCUCCCUCUUCCCUCCUUACAUUCCCUCCUUUCCCGUCCCGCUGCACUGCGAUGGAGAAAACCCCUCCUGUAAUGUAAAAAAAAGCACACUGCAUUCUCCC